AGGGACUUCCGGUGCGCGAGGUGCGGUUCCGGGUCGUAGCGGCUCACGGUAACAGGGCUGCCGCUUGGCCGGACGGCGGCAGCGAGCAGUGGGGGCAUGAGGGCGAGCCGGGAGAGAGGCAGUUGAGCCGGCGGGGAGGAGCGCCAGUUCCCGAGGAUUCCCAGAGUUCGGAGCUCGGGUCAGGGGCCGGGAGGCGCGGGGAAGCCGGGCCCUUCCCUCAGGAGCGUGUCCCGGAGCCGACCCGGCCCGUAGUGUGGCAGCAGCUUCAGUUUACACACUUCCAAGUUUGCCGGAGCUUCUGAGAAAGGUGUUGUUAGCAUCCUGUUUCUACAGACGAGGAAACUAGAACGCAGAGAAGUUAAAGAAGUUCCCUGAGUGUAUGCAGCGGUUGGAGCUAUUUUACUUAUUUAUUUGAGAGAGAGGGAGAGAGAACACUGAGGGAAAAGGAGAAGCAGACUCCCCGCUGAGCAGAGCCUGAUGCAGGGCACGAUCCCAGGACCCCAAGAACGUGACUUCAGUUAAGGCAGACGCUUAUCCGACUGAGCCACCCAGGUGUGUUCGUGAACAGAGAGGCCCUGUACUGUACCAGGCUCCCUUUAACUGGAUCUUGGCAGAUGGGAGGUGAGCACGUGAAACAAUAUGAAGAGGAGAAAAUAGCCUUUUAAGGAAAUUGGCCCACAGAAAGGAUGGCCUUCUUGGACAAUCCAACUAUCAUUCUAGCUCAUAUUCGACAGUCACAUGUGACCAGUGAUGACACGGGAAUGUGUGAGAUGGUUCUCAUUGAUCAUGAUGUUGACCUAGAGAAGAUUCAUCCUCCUUCAAUGCCUGGAGACAGUGGGUCAGAAAUUCAGGGAAGCAAUGGUGAGACUCAGGGCUAUGUAUAUGCCCAGUCAGUCGAUAUUACCUCAAGUUGGGACUUUGGUAUUAGAAGACGCUCAAAUACAGCUCAAAGAUUAGAACGACUCCGAAAAGAGAGACAAAACCAGAUCAAAUGCAAAAAUAUUCAGUGGAAAGAAAGAAAUUCUAAGCAAUCAGCCCAGGAGUUAAAGUCACUGUUUGAAAAAAAGUCCCUCAAAGAGAAACCUCCAAGUUCUGGAAAGCAGUCAAUAUUAUCUGUGCGGUUAGAGCAGUGCCCUCUGCAGCUGAAUAACCCAUUUAACGAGUAUUCCAAAUUUGAUGGCAAGGGUGAGUGCCUCCUGCCGCUCAAGCACGCCUCCAUUCUCCAACCCCACACAGGUCAUGUAGGCACAACAGCAACCAAGAAGAUCGACGUCUACCUCCCCCUGCACUCGAGCCAGGAUAGACUGCUGCCAAUGACCGUGGUGACAAUGGCCAGCGCCAGGGUGCAGGACCUGAUCGGGCUCAUCUGCUGGCAGUACACAAGUGAAGGACGGGAGCCAAAGCUCAAUGACAACGUCAGUGCCUACUGCCUGCAUAUUGCUGAGGAUGACGGGGAGGUUGACACAGACUUCCCCCCACUGGACUCCAACGAGCCCAUUCAUAAGUUCGGCUUCAGUACCUUGGCCCUGGUUGAAAAGUAUUCAUCUCCUGGUCUGACAUCCAAAGAGUCACUCUUUGUUCGAAUAAAUGCUGCUCAUGGAUUCUCCCUUAUUCAGGUGGACAACACAAAGGUCACCAUGAAAGAAAUCUUGCUUAAGGCAGUGAAGCGAAGAAAAGGAUCCCAAAAAAUUUCAGGCCCUCAGUACCGCCUGGAGAAGCAGAGCGAGCCCAAUGUCGCCGUGGACCUGGAGAGCACUUUGGAGAGCCAGAGCGCAUGGGAGUUCUGCUUGGUCCGAGAGAACAGUUCAAGGGCAGACGGAGUUUUUGAGGAAGAUUCACAAAUUGACAUAGCUACAGUACAGGAUAUGCUUAGCAGCCACCAUUACAAGUCAUUCAAAGUCAGCAUGAUCCACAGACUACGAUUCACAACCGAUGUCCAGUUAGGUAUCUCUGGAGACAAAGUAGAGAUAGACCCGGUUACGAAUCAGAAAGCCAGCACUAAGUUUUGGAUUAAGCAGAAACCCAUCUCAAUCGAUUCUGACCUGCUCUGUGCCUGUGACCUUGCUGAAGAAAAAAGCCCCAGUCAUGCAAUAUUUAAAGUCACGUAUCUAAGCAAUCAUGACUAUAAACACCUCUACUUUGAAUCUGACGCUGCUACUGUCAACGAAAUCGUGCUCAAGGUUAACUACAUCCUGGAAUCACGAGCAAGCACUGCCCGGGCUGACUAUUUUGCUCAAAAACAAAGAAAACUGAACAGACGUACAAGCUUCAGCUUCCAGAAGGAGAAGAAAUCAGGGCAGCAGUGACACUGGCCUCCAGCCCCAAUCUGUCACCGUAGCUCAGAGCCUGCCUGCCAGGGCCAGGUGGCCCUAGAGCCCACCUUGUGUCCUGCAGUCCUCGGGGGCAGGCCAGUCCCUGGCUUACAGGCACAAGGCCAGGGGGCUCUUGGGGGAAUGGAGCUGGGGACAUCCCCACGGGACUGAAGCCUGAGUGGCAGUGGCUUUGAUGAGCCGUGCCGGGGGCCCAACGACACAGACGGCACCACAGCCAUCCUCACUGCCCGACGGCCCUGCCUGAGGAUGUACAUAGCCAUGCCCAGACAUUUCCUUGCAACUUGAUCAAAUUUCUUAAAACAACCGAAGAACAAAAUUGUACAUUUCUUUUUUUUUUUUUCCUUUUAAUAAACAGGUGUACUCUUUA